AUGAAGCGCUUGAUUUUCACCGCCGCACUUGUCGCCUUGGCCACGCCCGCCAACGCCGACGAAGGCAUGUGGACCCUCAACAACUUCCCGGCCGACCGCGUCGCAAAAAAGUACGGCUUCAGCGCCGACCAGGCCUGGCUCGACGAGGUCCGUCUCUCUUCCGUGCGACUCGCCGGAGGUUGCUCCGCGAGCUUCAUCUCCAAAGAUGGCCUCGUGCUCACGAACCAUCAUUGCGCGCACCGCUGCCUCGAGCAGCUAUCGACGAAGCGAAACGAUCUCGUCGCCAAGGGCUUCUACGCCAAGCAACCCAAGGGCGAAAAAAGGUGCCCCGCGAUGGAGAUCAACCAACUCGUCUCCAUCACCGACGUCACCGCUCGCAUGAACGCCGCGACGAAGGGCCUCGAAGGCGCCGCGUUCAAAACCGCACGGAAAGCCGAGACGGCGAGGAUCGAAAAGGACUGCGCCAAAAGCGACCAGGUCCGGUGCGAUGUCGUCUCGCUCUACCACGGCGGCCGCUACGACCUCUAUGCGUACCGUCGCCACCAAGACGUCCGACUGGUCUUCGCCCCCGAACUCGACAUCGCAUUCUUUGGCGGCGACCCCGACAACUUCAACUUCCCGCGAUACGUGGUGGAUAUGGCGAUUCUACGCGUCUACGAAGACGGUAAACCCGCCGACACGCCUCAUCACUUCGGCUGGUCGGACCAGGGUUCAAAGGACGGUGAGUUGGUUUUCGUAAGUGGCCACCCCGGCUCAACAAAGCGUCUCAAGACCAUGGCGCAGCUCGAAUAUUAUCGGGACGUAUAUUUGCCGGAUCGCCUCUAUAUGCUUGCUGAGCUACGCGGCCAAUUCACGGCAUUUAGCCAACAAAGUAAAGAAAAUGAGCGCAUCGCUAAAACCGACCUAUUCCGCGUAGAAAAUGGGUACAAAGCGCUACGGGGACGACACGCAGCGCUUCUCGACAAAGAGUUCUUUGCCUCCAAGGCCAGCGCAGAACGCGAUCUCCGUAAGAAAGUUGAAGGUAAUAGAUCGGUGGGUGAACUCAGCGACGCCUGGCCCAACAUCGAACGCGCAAUGCGUCGGGCUAGAGACCUUCGAACCGAAUACAACGCUAAAGAAGCCCGCGGAACCUUCGGUUCGGCGCUCAUGGACGAUCGCGCGCCACCUGGUUCGACACGGCGCCGAGAUCACCAAGCCCAACAGCGCGCGUCUCCCCGAUUGCGCGAAGAGCUCGGCCCCGAUGACCCCUUCGUUCGGCAGGUGCUCGGCCGUGAGUCACCCGCAUCGCUCGCCAACAAGCUGCUGCGCACCAAACUCAAGAACGUCAAGUUUCGAAAGAAGCUGUUCAAAGGCGGCGCCGCCGCCAUCGCCGCGUCCAAGGAUCCGAUGGUCGUCUUGGCCCGCUCCAUCGACGACGCCGCGCGAAAGAUCCGCAAGACAUACGAAACCGAAGUCGAGUCGGUGCUCGAGAAGAACGAAGCCCGCGUCGCCAAAGCGCGAUUUGCUAUCCUCGGAACGAGCACCUACCCGGACGCAACGUUCACGCUGCGUCUGUCCUACGGCGCGGUCCGCGGCUUCGAACAUCGGGGCAAAGUAGUUCCGCCGUACACGAAGAUCGGUGGCGCCUUCGACCGUGCGACCGGGCGAGUUCCGUUCAAGCUCCCGGGCCGAUGGAACAAGAAGAAGAGCAAGCUAACCCUCGAUACGCCGAUGAACUUCGUAACCACGAACGACAUCAUCGGCGGCAACUCCGGUUCCCCGAUCAUCAACAAAGACCGUCAGAUCGUCGGGCUCAUCUUCGACGGAAACAUCUACUCCCUGGGCGGCAACUACGGCUUCGACGAGCGCGUGAAUCGAUCCGUGGCGGUUGAUAGUCGUGCGAUUCGUGAAGUCCUGACGAAGCUCUACGGCGCCGAACGACUGCUUCCCGCCGCCGCCACGCGCUAA